AUGUCAGCUGAGGAGCCUAAUAAUGAAAGUUCCAUAAACCAGGAGGACAUAAAAACUGUGCAGUUGUUGGCCAAGGGAUUAUUGGAAAUAUAUGAACCGCCGUUAGUGACGUUAAACACUCAUUUGAAAGAAUUAACAGAUAAACAAGAAGCUGUACAUAAUAUGAUUACAUCCGAGUCCAGGAGGUUGGAUGAUCUACAGAAUGAUGCCAUGUUAGAUGCUCUUUUAGCGGAAAUAGCGACCAAUAAAGAAAAAUUGACAUCACUAACAAACACUAUGAUGUCUUUACAUAAGAGGGUACAAUCUUUGCAGGUACGGGCUUCAAAUGUGGAAAAAGCGGCAAAAAGAAGAGUAUCAAAUUAAUAGCAUUAUACUUUAAAAUUAAGGUACUUAAGGACAAAAUAUUUAUUGUUGUGUUGCAACUUUUAAAGUGGAAUUUUAUUACGGAAGAGGUUUUAUUUAAGUUUAUAAUUAAAAAAAAAAUUAUUUACAUAAA